CGCCCGACGUACAGGAAAAGUUCUUCGGGCGCUAGCGAUGCAUAUUGUUGUUGUAACCGAGGGUGUUUUUCUAUUUCUGCGAGGUUCGUUGUGACACACGCCUUUGUAGUCCCACCGUAAGUGAUUUCGUUGGUUCUUUGUCGGCAACGAUCAAGAAACUGUUAUAAAAACAACAAGUUAUCAUGAGGCAACGUCCGGGAGAAUAACAUUGUGCUGGGGCCAAAGGCCGCUCUAGGAUUAGAGUGAUGGCUCUGUCAGAGAAGUGACUCCGUGGCUGAUGUUUGCUGCUUAGCUUUCCUGGAAAUCGGAUGCUGUUGUUGCUCGGAAACUUCCUUUGAUGGCUCAUGCUGUACACGAUGGUAGCCUUAAGAACAGCACCAUGGGCUUCAAGCAUUCGGACGAACGACAACUUGUGCUAGCAAAUGCCACAACUAACUCCAAUGCAAAAUUCUGGUCAAAGUUUGAAGCCAAGUCAUGGAUUGCCUUUUUGUUUGUGGGCACGUGCCUAGUGUACUGUGUCAGAGUAACACUGCCUAUCUGCAUAGCUACCAUGGCAGAACAAUUUGGAUGGGACAAGACACAGUCUGGAAUUGUACUCGGAAGUUUUUUUUGGGGAUAUUGCCUGACUCAAAUCAUAGGUGGCCAUAUCAGUGACAGAUUGGGUGGCGAUAAAAUACUUCUACUUUCAGCUACUUCAUGGGGCUCAGUAAUUACUCUCACUCCACUCAUUGUUCACUGGAGCUCUACGCCAAUCCUUUUUUUAACCUUAUCCAGAUUCCUUAUGGGCCUGUUUCAGGGUGUGUUUUUCCCAUCUCUGUCGAGUCUAUUCUCCAAUAGAGUGCGAGAGAGUGAACGAGCAUUUACCAGCAGUGCGGUGUGCACUGGCUCCCAGGUUGGGACAUUAAUAAUCGGAGCUUUUGGCUCAGUGUUGUUGGACUGGUUUGGCUGGGAGAGUGUGUUCUACUUUUCUGGCAUCCCUUCAAUUCUGUGGGCCUACUGUAUGUGGAAAUACUUCCUUAAAGGAGAAGACCAGAUUAUAUCUUUGGAAAGUUUGGGCAACAGUCUAGUGAAUUCAAAGGACGAUAAAGUCGCCUGGAGAAAACUGUUUAAAAGUGCUCCUGUCUGGGGUGUCAUUGUAGCUCAUGUUUGCAUCAGCGGUACUUUUUUCUGCCUUUUGUCAUGGAUGCCAACAUUCUUCCAUGAUUCGUUUCCUGAAUCUAAGGGUUGGAUUUUCAAUGUAGUUCCUUGGGCUGUUGCAGUCCCCUUCUCAUUGUUUGGUGGCAUUCUGACUGAUCAUCUGGUCAAGCUUGGGUUUGACACUGCUAAGGUGCGUAAAUUAAUGCAGGUGAUUGCCAUGGGAUUAUCCAGUAUCUUUACAGCAUUAUUGAGUUACUCAGGCAGCUAUUACCAAUCCUUACUGUGUAUAUCAGCUAGUUUAGGACUUCAGACCUUCAGUCACAGUGGGGUAUCUGUCAAUGUUCAAGAUUUAGCACCAUCCUGUGCUGGUGUACUGUUUGGUGUUAUGAACACCGGUGGAGCGUUAUUUGGCGUUGCUUUAGUCUACUUUGCAGGUUACCUCAUUGAAACUUCAGGAUCCUGGCCAUCAGUUUUCAGCUUGAUCAGCAUAGUCAACACAUUUGGCCUUUCUAUCUUUAUCAUCUUUGGUCAGGCUACACGAGUAGACAUUUAAUUAAUGGCAAUAUUUCAGAUUGAAUUUCAAAGUUGCUGAACACAGACUUCAAGAAGAAAGAGAGAACAUAGUUUUUAAAAUAUAAAGGUUCCAACUAGUUUUUCUCGGUUUGAGGAACUUAUUAUUGUACUUUGUUUAUAAACAAAUUGCUGCUGAAGUCCUGUUUUGAAAAAAAAACAAGACUUAAAUAUACACAAAACCAUUUAUGCUAUUUUUAGUGAUUUUAUUUGUUGGAGAGAUGCUAUUUUUACAUGAAUAAACUAUUUAUGAGAAAUAAAUAUAUAAACUUAUAAAUAUAUAAACUUGACUUGUCAGAAGACAUGAUACAAGAUGUGUCUUCUUAAAGGUGGAUGCUGACAGAGAGCCAAGCAUAAAUUCUGAAAAGAUGUAACUGCCCUAUGCUGUUCUUCAAUUGUAUCAGCUGUUUUUUCAUUGACUCCAUGCUUACAGGUGCACUUAGAAUUUUUGUUUCCAAUUAGCAUAAUAAUCUAAUACCAGCAUUAGUAGUAAAUGUUAGAUUAAUAAGUAUUUUCAUUUCUGAAUCUUGCAGCUUACAAGUUUAUCGUUUUAUAUUCCAGUUUCUGGACCUAUAACUUGUGAUGAAAGCAGUAUAUUAUACGAUUUGGAUCCAAACAGAGGCUGAUAGCUAUGAGUCAGUUCUGUGAAGUUUUUUUUGUAAAAGGUUAAAAAGCAACUUAGAACAGUGACUUAAAUACAUAAUUUCCAGAAAGCAUAUGAUGGCAAUUAGGUGUCUGGUAGAACCCUGUAAUAUUAGUGAAUAAGAUGUUUAUACUAUUAGGUUUAUGGAAGGUAGAGUAAACACAUUAAGGCAAUUGGUUUAGUUUUACUUUAGAACAGAGGUUCAGCUUUGUUUUGGAUCAGAAGAACUCAGACUUCCGUGCCAAACGUAAAACAGUUUCACCUAGCAAAGCAAUUAAGUCAGUUCACAGGAUCCAGUGAGCUCAGCAGAAAUCCUUUUUAGUGUAUGAAGCUUUAAAGCCAGGAGAUUCUGGAUAACUGCCGUUAAGUUGUGCAGACUGAAAAGGUUUCGGUCAUAAGAAUUUUGAGAGGUUAAUGCCAACGGAUUCAGAAAGGACAAAACUCUCUCAAUAAUAGAAGUGAAAGAAACUGUAAAAUGCCAGUUAAAUAAAGUUUUAAAAAACUGAGAUAAGAGUGAUAUUUCUCAGGGAUUAAGUCUCCGUAAUAGAUAGUAAUGGGAAAAGGUUGAAACUUUCCUUUAAAAUUUGUUCCUUUAAAUCCACUUAUGCAGUUAAUUAUUAUUAUGCACAUCCCAGAAUAUUUCAAUUUAGUGUUUAUCACUGGGUAUAAAAGCGGCAACUGUCUUUUAUGUGUCCUGGUGAUAAGAAAGUCUGGCACCAAGCAGCUGUCCCAGUUCAAUUUUUAUCAUAUUUGCGUGUGGUAUUUUCUGACUGUUGCCUUGUCAACUCAGUGAAAUGCAGUUCAUUUACAGUCUAUGUUACAUGUAUAUCAUAGUAUGAAUUGAAUUGUGCAACUUUUAAAAUUUAUUGUUGCAUGCUUUCACUUUCUGCAUUUGCAAUGGGAACAGCAAAUCCACAUGGCAACUUCAAUUUUAACAUUGGAUUACUGCAUAAAAUAAGAAUAACUAGUUUCAAUCCACUGUGUUUAUAUUUAUAAAUAUCUGUAUAUUCAGAAUCAAACACAUGUUUAAAUGCUAUCUGUAAUUAUUCAACUUUAACUUGCUUGCAGUUGUAAGAUGCUUAAAUAAUAAAUCAUUUCUAAAUCAUUAACUCUGCAGAUAACGAUUUAUCUUACGGCCAAGUUGAAAUAUUUGAACUGUUGCUAUUUUGUAGAAAAUUGACAAUAAAGUUUUAUUUGUAUCUUA